CUAACCCCCCUACCCCUUCCCUCGCUGAGAGCCGCCGCCUCCGCUCUCCCUUCCCUCGCUGAGAGCCUGAGAGCCGCCGCCUCCUCUCGCCCUUCCCUCGUCGAGAGCCGCCGAGUCCGCUGAGAGCCGCCGCCUCCGCUGAGAGCCGCCGCCUCCGCUCUCCCUUCCCUCGCUGAGAGCCGCCGCCUCCUCUCGGUGCCGCCGCCUCUUCAACGACCGACCGGCGGCUCUUCGCGUCCUUCUCCACCGGCCGGCAACUCUCCGCGUCUCUGGUCACUUGCUCACCGAAUUGACAUGGUGCGAUCAAAAGCAGCUCCCAAGAAGCCAAAACGGGGCGUAGAUUUCAAAAAAAUAAAGCGUAAGAUUGGCCGGAAGCUUCCCCCGCCGAAAAAUGCCACCAAUACCCAGAUCAAAUCCAAAGCGAUUGUUCUUCCGGAGCAAAGCGUGGCAUCGGAGAGAGUCGGCCUGGCCGUGAGCAAGAAGGGGUUGACGUUAAGAGAGCUCCUUCAACAAACGUCCCAUCACAAUGCUAAGAUUCGUAAAGCUGCGUUAACUGGUAUCAAGGAUCUUGUCCUAAAACAUCCAUCAGAGCUUAAACUCCACAAACUUGCCAUCAUAGAGAAGCUACGUGAGCGGAUCUGUGACAAUGACAAAGUGGUUGGUGAAACCUUGUAUCAGCUCUUAAAGACUGUGAUCUUUCCUUCUUCGAAAGAGGACAUAACUGGGGCAGUUAUAUCUUUAUUAAUGGCGUAUAUCUUCAAUGCAAUGACUCAUAUGGCAAUUGACAUUCGAUUGAUGGCUUUCAAGUUUUUUGAGCUUGUUGUUCUGAGCUAUCCAUUCUCCUUCAUGUUAUAUGCUGAAAAGGUUCUUGACUAUUAUAUAGAUAUUCUAAGAAACAACCAGAUCUAUUUGCAAGAGAAGAACAAACUUAAGAAUACUCUUGGUGGGCUUGUUCAGUGCCUUUCUUUGUUGGCCAGCAAGAAUGAAAAGGAGGAUAGGUUACAUGAAGAAAACCAAAAUAUCGUUGAAAAGAAACGUUUGCACACUUUUGAACUUGAGAUAUACAAGGAUGACGCAGGAAUUUCUUCUAUUGACAAGAAACUGCUAGAUCUUGUGCCAAUUCUGAUCAACUGUUUCCAAGAAUCCACAACAUUGAUUCGUGCAAUGCCUAUUAUCGAUGCUCAGUCGUUUGAUUGUAUGUUGUGCACACUUCAGUGUAUAAAUCUAGCUGUCAAAAUUGUUGUUCAUAAGAUAAAGAAGCCUUUUGUGAGUACUGGACCUUUUCCUCCAUCACUGUCUGAUGGGCCUGAUAUGAUGAGAAGUUCCAUGUUUGUAUACUUAAAAAAAUUAUGGGAAAUAUUUCCAGUUGUCCAGAUGCAUCAAUCCGCUGAAAAGGAAGAUGACAGAUAUUUCACCUUGAACGUUGGUAUCACUGAAAUAUUUUUGCACCUGAGUGAAUGGAUUAAUGAUGGCACCCUUGCAACUGAGAAAUUUCUUGAAUUCAUUGAAAAUUUUCUACUUGGGCAGGUUAUCAGCUCAGCUGGGACCCAUUUGCUGCCUAAAAAGGUUCACGUGGAAAAGCAUUUAGGCUCGGUGUUACCAUUUAUACCAGGACUUAUAUCGCAAGUUACGGGCAGUUGGAAAACUAGUCUUCUAGAGGGUUUUACUGGCGCAUUUAAAAAUUGCAAGGUGGAUAGCAAGCUGAUUUUGGCAUAUUUGUCUGCAUUAGAAGAAAUGCUACUUCCUAUGGAAAAUCAAAGUCUGCUGUCAUUUACAUUCAGUUAUCCGGACUUAUUAAGCUAUCAGAUUGCAUGGAUACAAGAGCUUCCUAAAAUUCUAUUGCAAUUAGGGGACAAACACCCCUCUGUGUCAAAGGUUGUUUUAAAACUUAUACUUAAAAUUGGCCAGUCCUCUCUGCCAGACUCCCCUCUUUCAUUGGAGUAUGACUAUUUGCAAUGGCCACUGAGAGAAUUCUAUAGUACUAGAAGAUUUUCAGUUAUUGCAGGGACAAUACAAUAUGGACCUUUUACAAAACUCCCAAAUGAUUGUCAGGAAGUUGCCCUUUGCUGCUUAUAUUACUUCUCAAAUUUGAGUUCUGACUUUCUCAAGUCAUUGACAUACUGUUGUUUAUGUGAUGAUUUGGAGCCACUUAUAUUACUAAGAAUUAUAGAGGUUUUGCACUCGUCUUAUAAAGCUGGUCAUGUUCAAAUUUCAGACCAAAUUGGUUUCUUGGUCACUUUAGUUGCACGCUUUAGAGUUUUUCCGGAAAUUUUUAUUUCAGAGGGGAUUUGCAUGGAGAAUGAAGGAAAGGUCUCAAAUCAGAAAACUUUCAAGUCUGUCACUGGUGCUGUCUUCACAUGCCUUUCUCAGAUGGGUGACAAUUCGUUGAUUCUAAAGCUGCUGUGCAAGAACAUAUUUAAUGAGAUAUCACAAAAGCCACCUCUAGAUAACAUUCAUGGGCUGCUCAGAAUGAUCAAUGUACUUGAUACCAGGCCCACGAAACUUCCAGAAGAGGACAUUAGCAGCUUAAGCAGUUACCUCUCUAGCUAUAUGGUUGAUGCUGCUUCUUACAUACCAGAAAACGUUGAUGUGGCUGUUCACUCUGAUGGAAUCAGCAUAUAUCAAUACUAUUUCCAGCCUUGCAUCUUCCUGUUUUACAGAAGUGACAGGCUCUUAUAUUACAUAUUGAAGUUCCUCGAUUCGUUGAUAAUAGAAGACAACAUGUUACUUUCUUCUUCUUCUGAUGUUAAAUCUGCAUCCGAGCCAUUAAGAAGAGUACAUGCAGUCACUUUUAUCCUAAUCUUCAUGCAUAAUGAUGGGAGACUCCACAGAAGUCUGUCUUCAAGUGAAGCAACCGUCAAAUGUAUUUUGCAGAACAUAUGCAAGUUACUGGGGUCAAGCAAAUUUAGUAUGACUCUUGAAGAAAGGCAUAGAAUACAGAGCUUAUUUGACCAUCUGAAGACUAGGGUAUGCAAGCUACAUUGUUGGGAUGUAGGUGAUCUGGAAAAAGUUUGAGAAGUCAGUCAAUUUAUACAUGUUUUUGUUAUCUAAAGAACUUGGUUGCCUCUUACUGCGGGUACUCCAAGUCCACAAGACAGUUGCUGAUGGAGGAUCUUUGUAUUUUUGAAUUGGUAAUCUAUGCUAUGCAUUGAAGGUUCAAGAGCAGUUCUUUGGUAGUCUGAUAAAAGAACGGCAUCUUCAACUACCAAAAAGAAAAGAAAAAAAGAAUGCUAUCUUCUUGAUGAGCAAUGAGAAGAUUCUGUGGCAGUAUCGUCACUGAGGAGGGUCAGAUGCUUUCCAAGAAUCUUGAAUGAAUUCUUCCACCAUAGGUUGUAUGGUUCCUUGAUUCAGUUUUGCAGUCCAUUGAAUUGGAACAUCCAUAUAUUUAUCCACCAAGUUGUGUGGCCACCGCAGUACAUAAUGGACAUCUGUUUACCUUCUUAUGCUGACUGAACUGUGAUUGCCAUUUGGGCAUCAGCAAACUUUGUAAACAUUCAUUAAAUUACAUCAUGUCAAUUUAUGUGUUGCGGUAUUCUUCUUCCAAUAUAGGUUUUUUGUUUUUUAUUCUUUUAUGAAUAUAGUCACAUUAUUUUUUAAAUUUUCUGUACCAGUUUCUCUUCCAAUUGUAAUGAUGUCAUCAAUAUAUUUUAUUAGCAAAGAUGCAAGAUGCUUUUAUAA